AUGACUAUCUUCCGUUCCAAGCUCCCUUUGGUACCGCCACCUGAUUAUCUUACAGUUCCCCAGUUUAUGCUGGACGAUGUAGCCACGCCACCCAGCAAGCCGGAACGACCCGCAAACGUACCCUGCUUGAUCGACGAGCAGAGUGGAAAGACGUUCUUCUUGUCCGACCUUCGCAACCGGAGCAAUAGCCUGGCACGGACACUGAGGAGCGAUUAUGGCAUUGGCUGUGGUGAUAUCGUGGCACUGUUUACACCCAAUCAUCUUGACUACCUGACUAUAACGUGGGCCGUACACCGACUCGGUGGCAUAGUCGCAACCAUGAGCCCCUCGUUGACUAAGAAUGAGCUGGUAUACCUUCUUCAACACGCGAGGCCAUCAUUGCUCGUAGCGCAUGAAGACAAUAUUCAAGUGGCCCUCGACAGCAUGCAAGACGUCGGACUCUCGGCUUCGGCUAUCGUUCUCAUUGACGACACGACCAGCCCGUUGAAGUCGAUAGACCUCCUCAUCUCGCAAGGUACAGAACGACCUCCAAUCCAAGACUACAAGUGUGAGUCAGGCGAGGCGAAGAACUUGAUUGCCUUUCUAUGCUUUUCGUCGGGCACAACGGGAAAUCCCAAGGCGGUGUCUAUUUCCCAUUUCAACGUUAUAUGCGGCGUUGUCCAAAGUGCUACCCAUCACGGAGUCAACGACGCACAUGUUCAACCAGAGAAGAGGCGUUUCCGUGCCGGCGAUGUUUGUAGCGGAGUGUGCCCGUUCUACCACAUCUAUGGAAUUGUGACCAAUUUGCACUGGCAGGUCUACUCUGCUAUGACUGUUAUCGUUACUCAGAAGUUCAAGUUCGAGACAAUGUUGCAAAGUAUUGCUAAGUUCCGCAUUACGCAUCUUGUGAUCGUACCGCCUCAAGCCGUCUUGCUCUGCAAGCAUCCUGCGACAAAGAACUACGACCUCUCAAGUGUUCGGUUCUGCAUGGUCGCAGCGGCGCCCGUCACGGCCGAACUCAUUGGACAACUCUUGGAAACACUACCUGGGAUAGACCUCGGACAAGGCUACGGUAUGACAGAGGCUUGCGCAGCUGUCACGAUGUUUCCUGUAUCGCAGAAAGUUGGGACGCCAGGGAGCGCAGGACAACUCGUACCCGGUACCAUCGCGAAGGUCGUGAAGCCUGACGGAUCGCUGGCCGGCGUCGGCGAAUCCGGAGAGCUUCUGAUUCAAGGAGGGCAGAUUACACUUGGAUAUUACGGAAACGAGGCUGCCACGAAGGAGUCGUUUGUGGAUGGCUGGUACUGCUCGGGCGAUGAGGUAUACUUCAAUGAACAAGGGGAUGUCUUUGUGACGGAUCGUAUCAAGGAACUCAUCAAAGUCAAGGGGCUGCAAGUAACUCCCGGAGAACUGGAGGGCCAUCUCCUAAACCAUCCAGACGUCGCUGACGCAUGUGUCAUUGGAGUUCCAGAUGAGUACGCGGGGGAAGCACCGCUCGCGUUCGUCGUUCUCCAGCCGCAGAUCGCGAAGGCUGUGCUUCAUGAUGCAGCCCGCAGAGAACAGAUGAAGUCCCAGAUAUACAACUACGUUGCUUCGGCGAAGUCCAGACACAAAUGGCUAACGGGUGGGGUUAUCUUCGUGGAGUCCAUACCCAAGAGCCCUAGUGGUAAGAUCCUGCGUCGUGUCCUACGCGAUGAUGCGAAAGCAAUGCAAAAGCCACGACUUCACUUGUAA